UUCUAUAGCUGUGUGUGGGAUUGGCCUGGCCAGCGGCUUUGUCCCAGUUUUGUGCUUUCUCCUCAGCUCUGCCCCUCUCGGUAGGGCCUCUCAUUGCCCCUUAAAGGUCUCUGCAUAGAUGCCAAAUAACCCUUUGGACCAGAUGGUCACAGAUCUCCCUUGCCUGUCUCUUGAAGAUAGGCUUGACCAUGACUGAGGCCUAGACCUUGAAAACCAACUACCACAGGUUUACCCCGGCUGAGCAUUAGACAGUGAAUGGGCAGGUGGAAGCAAAGAAACCAGAUAGGAGAAAUAAUAGCACGUGUGAAAAUUAAUAGGAAUGAUUCAGUAAAGGAGAAAAAGUGAUGACUUGAGAGAGAGGGAAUACCUGCUGAAUCUACAUCAAGAAAUACCUUGAAAAAGACUUAUGACAUAUGUUAGCAGAGGUCCAGAGAAGGAAAGUAGAGAUUGGCGGAAAGAGAUUACAGAACUCAAAGUCCGAUCAAAGAAAUCACCACAUAAGAACCCAACUCACCUUGCUCAGCAACAGGAACCCUGGAGUCGGCUCAACUCAACUCCUACGAUCACCUCUAUGAGGCGGGAUGCUUAUUUUUUUGACCCUGAGAUACCGAAAGAUGACCUGGAUUUCCGCUUAGCAGCCUUGUACGACCACCACAUGGGGGCGUUCAAGAACAAAAGUGAGAUCCUGAUACACCAGGAGACCAUCCAGGAUACCCAUGCAAUCAUGAAGAUCCAAUCACCUGGAGGACUUUCGCCUUCCCCAACAUCCUCCAUCACUUCCCAAGCUAACAUCAGACACUGGAUCAACCCUAAGAAGGACUCCAUCCACAGCAUCCAGGGAUCUAUAGUGUCCCCUCACACUGCAGCCACCAAUGGAGGCUACUCCAGAAAGAAUGAUGGUGGCUUCUUCUCCACCUAGUGUUGACAGGCUCCAGGACUGAUUAAUCAUAGUGCAACAUCCUGCCACCCAUCUCCAUUAAAUAGAUUUGUGCAACGUGAA